AUGAAACUUCUUGCUCUCGUUUUCUUCUCCUUUGUGGCCGAGGCGACCAAGUCAUCACGACCCUGCAAUCCCAAAGCCCAGGCUUGGGCUACUUCGGCCAACGGCACUUACAAGCUAUCCAAAUUUGAACCACCGGUCCUCGGAGGUGGACCUACCAAUGGAAAUAAUCCAUGGAAAUUUAGCAUCAAUGAACAUUCCGGCCGUAAGCAGGUGGUAAAAGGGUUCGGAGCUUCCGUCACGGAUGGAACAGUCAUUGCAUUCGAUAGGCUCUCUUCUCGUGACUACGAGACAGUCAUGAGAGAUUUGAUGACGGCCGAGGGCAUAAAUUUAAGUUUAAUGAGGCAUACUAUCGCCUCAUCAGAUCUGAGCCUUGAUCCAGCAUACUCCUAUGACGACAAUGACGGGAAGCCCGAUCCCAACCUGUCGCACUUCAGCAUCGGACAAUAUGGCAAGAACAUGACCCGUAUGUUGCGGCAAAUGAAGCACAUACAACCUGAAAUGGUGCUUCUGGGAUCACCAUGGUCUCCACCAGGAUGGAUGCAGCUUGAUGGAGUCAUCAUGGGCUCGGAAGUCAACAACAGCUUGGACCAUCGUUACGCCGACGCCUUCGCUCGAUAUUUCGUCAAGUAUAUUGAAGCGUACGCAAAGGCCGGUGUUCAUGUGGAUGCAAUUACCCUUCAAAAUGAGCCACUGGCAAAUAAAGCCGGAAUGCCUAGUAUGUAUAUUGGUGGCAACGAGUCUGCAUACUUGAUUCGUGAUCAUGUCGGGCCGAUGCUACGGAAAUCGAGGCUCCAGACUGAGAUCUGGGCGUUUGAUCACAACACUGGUGAGACUUAUUUAGUGCAUCUUGACAACAAAGACACAGACUUUCUGACUUUAUACUGUGAAGGAGAUUACGAGUAUCCUGAAACUGUGGCACGAGUAGCCUCUGACUUUGUUUCGGCAUCUGCUUGGCAUUGCUAUGAGGGCAACACUGAACCAGGGCACUGGGAUCCUUUGACUCGUUUCCAUGACAAGUUCCCCCACCUUGAUCAGUACAUGACAGAGUGUUACACCGCAAGGGGACACUCAGAUUGGAUAUUCACCUCUACAUUCACGAUGCAGCCUCUUCAAAACUGGGCCAAUGGCAUCAUGGCAUGGGCACUUGGGACGUGGACAGAGGGAGGUCCUGCUCUUGCAGGUAGUGUGCCAUGUCACAUCUGUACUGGACUAAUCACGGUAGAUCCCAAAACUGGAUCAUGGACUAAGGAGGUGGAUUACUACCUCAUUGGGCAGUAUAGCAAAUUCAUCGCUCGGGGUGGCCACAUCGUCAACAGUACGGGAUCUCACCUAGACUCCAGCGCAAUGGGAAUUCAAGCUGUGGCUUCGAUCAACCCUGAUGGUACGAGAACCGUAGUGAUUGAGAACAGGUUCAACCAAGACAUGUGGGUCGAGUUGAAGACGGAGUCUGAGGAUAAGACUUGGCAUGGUCAGGUUAUUGCGACAGGACUCACGACCUGGGUUUUGCCUAGAAAGUCGUAG